AUGCGCUGGCCACUUUCCCAGCUCCUGAGGCGUUCGAGGUUUCGAGAGUACUGUCCCGGUCAAUACGCGCUCAAGGUCGGCUUUGCCGUGAAGAAGAAGUCCAAGAAGAUCGGAGACUUACUUUGGCUUGACGAGCGUGUCCAACCUUCUACCAGAUACAACAACACAGUGCGAGAGAACAACGCUAUCAGGAAGCAGAUGGGCCUGUAUUAUUCAACAACCACAGACUCUUCCCGCAACACAUACGUCAAGAACGCAAGGGUCAUCAAGGGCGAGGGACUAUUCGGCAGCCUCAGCGAUAGCGGCAUAAUUUCGCCAUUCUCCCUCAACAUUAAGGCACUCUUGAGAUUCGUGCUCCUGUAUUGUGGCUAUGCAACAGAGUACAAGACAUUCGUAAACAAGGGUCGGGACGAUGGUCUCUUGUCACUUGUCCGUGUGCUGAAAACCUUUGCAAGGCAUGCGACGACCGCUGAAGAAGGCGUUGUAUCCACCCAGGAAGAUGGCAACGGUGCUCCAAAUGGCUCUGACAAAGAGGGCGAAUUGUUUGCGACGGAUGAUAGCGAUGAAGCAUCGGUCAAGCGCGAUGAUUCAAAGCGGAAGCAGACUAUGGACGCAGAAGUCGACGAGGGCGCACCUGCGAAGAAGACUCGCGUAUGCUAG